AUGAUAUUUGAAAAGUCAAAUCCUUUUCUUCCUCAUCCAAACAUUGAAAUCCCCGAGGCAAAAGCCAAUUUAUUUUCCAAGCUUACCUUUUGGUGGCUUAACGAUUUAAUGAGCUUAGGCUAUAAACGUCCUUUGGAAAAAGAUGAUCUGUACAUUUUGAAUGACAAAAGAUCUGCUAAAAAUGUUACAGAUAAAUUUGAAGCCGAAUGGAAAAAAGAAACUCAAAAAAUUGCGUUAGGAAAAAAACCAUCGUUAUUAAAAGCUCUAUUUAGAGUUUUGUGGGCUAGAUUUUGCUUUGCAGGUGUUGCUAGAUUCGGUAGUGAUAUAUUUGGAGUUAUUUCACCUUUGAUUUUAAAAUUGAUAUUGAAAUUUGUCUCUGACGCAUACUUCGCCAACCUUAAUAAUAGUGUGCAACCAGCUGCACAUGUUGGCUAUAUAUUAAUAAUUGUCAUGUCCUUAAUGGAGACGGGUUUUUUCAUUUUGCUUAACGUAUACUUAUAUUAUGUAAUGGAAACCGGUUUUCUCUCUCGCACUAUUCUCAUAACAACUAUUUAUCGGAAAGCUUUAGUCUUAAGUGGAAAAGCUAGAAGCUUAUUUACUAAUGGAAAGAUCACUAAUCUAAUGUCUACUGAUACUACACGUAUAGACUUUGCAUGCGUUUACUUUCAUGCGAUUUGGGCCGCUCCUAUACAAAUUUGUAUAGCAUUAGGCUUAUUAAUGUCUAAUAUUGGACCAUCUGCAUUAGCUGGCUUUGCUAUAUUGGUGAUAUUGGGCCCUAUGCAAGGAAAGGUUAUGUCACUAUUGGCACGUACCAGGGCUAAAGUCGCUGAUGUUACUGAUGAACGGGUAAAAUUGACACAAGAAAUUUUGACAGGGAUUAGAGCGAUUAAAUGUUAUGCUUGGGAAGAUAGCUUUAUAGAUGCUCUUAAUAAAUUAAGAAAUAAAGAGAUUGGUUUGGUUAGGUUUUUGUUAGUUAUUAGAGCUGCAUUUACCGGUUUUUCAAUGGUCUUUCCAGUAUUCGCUAGUAUCUUAUCAUUUAUAACAUUUUCAUUGACAGGAGGCAGACUAGACGUUGAAAUCAUUUUCUCUUCUUUAGCCUUGUUCAACCUUCUCCGAAUUCCUUUAAUGUUCUUGCCAAUAGGUAUAACUUCUGUUACUGAUGCAUACGUAGCAAUUAAUCGAAUAAAUGACUUUUUACAGGCUGAUGAAUUAUCGGUUUUACCGGGAAUCAAUCCGGACGAACAAUAUGCUAUUAAAGUUACUGAUGGUGAAUUUAUUUGGGAAAGUGCUCCAUCAGAAGAAAUUAUUGAUAAUUCAAAAAAAGAAAUGAAAAAUGAAAAAGGCGAUAAGAAUGGAAAUGAUUCUGCACCUGUUAUUGUUAAUGUAAAGGCUCCAGACACCUCUACAGCUUUGACACCUGAUGAUUUGGCUGAAAACUUUGAAAAUUCUCAUCAACUUUCUCCAACAUUUCAACUCCGUAACAUUAAUGUUUCAAUACCUCGUGGAAAGUUAAUUGCCAUUGUUGGUUUAGUAAGGUCUGGUAAAUCUUCAUUAUUGUCAGCUCUGAUUGGUGAAAUGAAAAGAAUUAAAGGAGAGGUCUUAUUUGGUGGAAAUGUUGGGUAUUGUCCUCAAACUAC